GGCCUUCCGCUGUCCUGUCACUGUCAAAUCUGUCAGUGUCAAUUCAUUUCCUCUCUUGGGUGUUUGUUUCCUUCCUUCGUCAUAUUUUGAUUUUAUUUGAAAAGUUUAAAAUAUAAAAUGUUUAACUCUCAUUAUUAUUUUAAUAAAACGUUCUCUGCAACUAUAUUUUAGCACUGAUAAAUCAGCCAAUAUGGAUCGGUUGUCUAACAUGGUUGACUCGUUGUUUCAUCUGAACGAUGUUAUAUUUAAUUAUUAUUUUAUAAUUGGUGGUACAUUUCUUAGUUAUCUCACUUAUAAAAUAUUCCACUCGCUUUUAAGUGGCAAUCCGUUUAUGAAAACAACGUACAAAACUCGCGGCCACACUUGGAGGAGUAUCCAAUGCAAUAAAUCAAUUCCCUACAGUAUUUAUUGUACAAUAUGUGGCAAGUUGAUGCUCCCAGUGGUGGGCUUGUUCUGCGAGUGUUGUGCCAUCAGUGCCUGCAAGGACUGCCACCACGCCAUAGACAAGAAGUACAAGUGCAAGUCUGUGUCAUGGCCGGUGGACAAAGUAUUCUACCACCAUUGGGUCAAUGUUGGUGUGGCUCGCAAUGAAAUAACGGACUUGAGUGAGGAAUGUCUGAAGCGGUACUUCUGCUGCUGGUGCCAGCGGACUAAGCUGUGCCAGGAUAGCGCCUUCAAUGAUGCUGAACCAUGUGACUUCCAGAAGUACCGGAAGAUCAUAAUCCCGCCGCCCUGCGUCACGGUGGAGAAGGGAGUGGUCACCGUGAAGCCACUGCCAGACCCUGACUGGGAGCCUCUCAUAAUUUUUGCAAACCGAAAGUCUGGCGGGAAUCAGAGUGAUGAAGUGUUAUCUCUAUUCAGAGGAUUGCUUAAUCCCAUUCAGGUGGUGGACAUGAACGCGACGUCCCCCGAGAGCGUGGUGCGGUGGCUGCCGGCGCGGGCGCGAGCGCUGGCGGCCGGCGGCGACGGCACCGUGGCCUGGCUGCUUCAGGCACUCAGUGCGAGGCCUACUAUCACUGUCCCAGUAGGCAUACUUCCCACGGGCACAGGGAACGACCUGUCCCGCGCGCUGGGCUGGGGCGCGGGCUGCGGCUGCGACCUCAGCGCGCAUGCCACUAUACAGCGCGUGCUCGGUGCCUCUACGCAACUGGUGGACAGAUGGAAGAUCUCGAUAUUCUCGCGCGGGCGGCUGGGCGGGCUGGCUCGCGCGCCUCGCGUCCUCUACGCUCACAACUACUGCAGCGUGGGAGUGGACGCGCAGGUCGCCCUGGACUUCCAUCGGGCUAGGGCGCAGCUGUUGUAUCGAUGUGCCUCAAGGACGAUAAACUAUAUAGCCUACGGCCUCCUCGGCGCGACUCGUGCGUUCGAUGACGGCGGCUGUGAGGGCCUGGAGCGGCGGCUGUCGGUGCGACUGGAUGGCCGUGACCCCCUGCCUCUACCCCCACUACAAGCUUUAGUUCUACUGAAUAUACCGUCGUGGGGCGCUGGCGUGGAUUUGUGGAGCAUGGGAGAUGAAAAUGAGGUUGGGGAGCAAAGUAUCUCCGAUGGAAAACUUGAGGUGGUGGGUAUAUCGUCGUCGAUCCACAUCGCGCGGCUGCAGUGCGGGCUGGCCGAGCCCUACCGCUUCGCGCAGGCCUCCCGGGUCACGAUGGAGUUGAGCGGUUCUAUCGCGAUGCAAGUAGACGGGGAGCCGUGGAUGCAGGGCGCUGCGCGGAUCAGCGUGGAGCCCGCCGGACAGAGCCUGCUACUGAAGCCAGCUAGUUCAGAGAUAUAGUCAUGUACUACCUGAAGGCCUAGCACGGGGCACGCGCACGCAGAGGCGUGACAAAAGUUUUGCGUGAUGUGUAUAUCCAGAGCGUCAGCUUCCUGAUUACCUACCGAAUAGCAGAUUUUACGCGAAAGAGAAACCACACAUUCAUGCAAUCAUUCUUCUUAUUAGUACAUAAAGACAACACACACACAAAUCCCAAAUAAUUUAUAGAGCCAUGCCCGUUGAGCCUGUUUAUAUUUUGUUUAAAAUAAUGAAUGAAUUUAAUGUUGUCAAGUUGAUGUUGUGCUAAUGAAUAUAGUGGUACCAGUAGCAGAUACCAAAUGCUAGAACCUAUGUAGAGUAUAAUUAUGAUACUGAAUAAUUGAUGUGCUUUAUAGUUUGUCUUGUACUUAAAACAAAGUUCAUCCUCCUCAGAAAUAUGAAUUUUUAGCUUUUAGGGGAUAACCUGUACAAUGUUACCAAAAAUUUUAGUUAAGAAUGGCUUCUCUAGCCACUAUCCAUCCAAAGAUAUACAUGAGUAUAACAUUAUAAUUAUUGUUACUGAGGAGGACCAAAACGUAAUAUAAUGCAUUUAUAGUUAUUUUAAUUAGUAAUAUACUUAAUUGUACUUUGUGAUGUUAAGCUAAUAAGCUCUAUGUUAUAAAUUCCACCACUUAUUAAGUUAUUUUAUAUUGUUUAUAUACAUAUUAUAAGCACGUUUAUGUUUAAAGAAGUACCUACACCAUUUGUGCCAAUGUACUUAGAAGUAUAGUUAUGAAAUAGUGCCAUAGGUGCUUAUUAAGUUGACCUUAAAUACUUACCUGUUAUAAUGGAUCUGAUAUUUUAAACUGAUGUUAUUAUUUAUUGUUUAGUUAUGCACAAUAUGACUUAAAUUUACUAUU